AUGUGGGGAGUCGAAUUUCAAUCACAAGAGCCGUUCGUGUACUGCAUGCUUGGUGUUCAGUAUCAAGGAAAUGAACCGAACAAGACUCAGGCGACUCUGAUCAAUGCUCUAGACAGCAUUAUGGGCUCUCGUUCCGACCACGUCGAGAAGCUUGUACAGAACGGAAACGGUCAUCUCACAGGAUGGAAGACAAGAACCUGGCUGACGUACUGGGAAACGAAAGACAAGUUUGAAGAAUGGUGGAAUGAUGCCAGGACCGUCCAAUUCUGGGGCUCGCUGGCUCCAGAUGCUGGUGUCUGGCGUGAGGUACUUCGAGUGUCACCAUGCCGCACGCAGUUCGGCACCAACAAGGAGACAGUAACGGGACUUGCACACGUUGCCCCGCUUGUUCCCAACGUCGAGAACUCGGGAUAUUGGGGCUGCUAUAGAGAUCGCAUCCAAGACGCCACGGAGGAAAACCGUCUGGAGUCUCCCCUCUCAGCCUGUCCUGAUCGCAAUCCACCUCAGCAAGCAGGAAAGGUGCGACUCGGCCGAUCGAAGAUGACAACAUUCCCAGACAAUCUAUGCUUCGUUGUCGAAGGUCAGGAUCACAGCCUUAUCACAGACCAGGAGAGGCAGCUGUGGUUUGCCAAGUUCGACAAGCCCGUGACGCGGUGGAUGCAAGAUCUCGUGCAGGCGGGCCCCAAGGCCGGUAUCUUGGACGCGCGAGUUUGCUACGAGUCGGAAUCGGGUUUGUUCCGCCACGAGGACUCAAUUCCUGCGCUGAACUACAAUCGCAAGAUUCAACUAUUUUAUUUCCUCGAUAUGUCCCAUAUGGAGGCCAUCGGCAAGGCCAACAAGGGACACACCGCCUUGCGUGGGGAGUUCUUGAAAGCAUACUGCCCGGCGGGACCGAUGGGUGGUGGUCGAGGACAGGUGUUGCUGUGGGUUGAGACGAGUGUUAUGAAAACAAAUGAAAUGGAGUGCGAGUAUGUUGGAUGUGCGGAAGGGACUGGGUUCAUGGCGUACGACCAGCAUGCUCUUUUCAGGGGCACAUAUGAGUAG